GGCUUCCGUUUCCGGGUUAUCCUUCGCCGGAAGCAGUAUAUAGAUGUCGUAAAAGUGUCGUGUAAUUGGUGUAUCCGGAAGAACGGGUGUGCAGCUUGAACAUGGGAAAGCAAAAGAAAACAAGAAAGUAUGCGACCAUGAAGCGAAUGCUUAGUCUCAGAGAUGAGAGGCUUAAAGAAAAGGAUAGAUUAAAACCAAAAAAGAAACAAAAGAAAGAUCCCAGUGCACUGAAGGAAAGAGAAGUCCCCCAACACCCUUCCUGCUUAUUCUUCCAAUAUAAUACACAAUUGGGCCCACCUUAUCAUAUCCUGGUUGAUACCAACUUUAUCAAUUUUUCUAUUAAAGCCAAACUGGACUUAGUGCAAUCAAUGAUGGACUGUCUGUAUGCCAAGUGUAUCCCUUGUAUAACUGAUUGUGUAAUGGCUGAAAUUGAGAAAUUGGGGCAAAAAUAUCGAGUGGCUUUAAGGAUUGCAAAGGAUCCCCGCUUUGAACGAUUACCAUGCACGCACAAAGGAACCUAUGCAGAUGACUGCUUAGUACAAAGAGUAACUCAGCACAAGUGUUACAUCGUGGCCACAGUUGACCGUGACCUUAAACGAAGAAUCCGGAAGAUCCCUGGAGUUCCUAUCAUGUACAUUUCUAACCACAGAUACAACAUCGAGCGUAUGCCAGAUGAUUAUGGAGCCCCUCGAUUCUGAUUCUUACAAGACAAAGUCCUUUAUCUUCCUUCGACCAACUUUCUCAGUUGCCAGUUCAGUAAACAUGCUAUAGAAUAUAGAAUAAUUCCUAUAGCAUGAAUUAUUUGCUCUGUUAUGAGCUAAAUAUGAUUAAAUAUACUCACUUCUUGAUGCUUUUUGAAAAUGAUAUUUUGUUACCUUUAAAAAUUUGUUGCAUUUUUUGAAUAAAUCAUAUGUUCUAGUCAUUA